AUGGCGAUGGUUAAUAUCAGACGAGAUGUCGAAGACAAGUUCUACCGAUACAAAAUGCCCCUUCUCCAAAUCAAGGUUGAAGGUAGAGGUAACGGUAUCAAAACGGUCGUACCUAAUAUGGAAGACAUUGCGAGGGCUUUGAACAGACCUCCUACUUACUCUACCAAGUACUUUGGUUGUGAACUUGGUGCUCAGACUUCAAUGGCCAGCGAACGAUACAUUGUUAACGGCGCCCACACUGCUGAUCGUCUCCGAGAACUCCUCGAUAACUUCAUUGAACAAUUUGUCCUUUGUCCUUCUUGCAAGAACCCCGAAACCGAGCUUGUCAUCACCGGUAAAUCAGGUCAUGAAGAUAUCCAUCGAGACUGUAAAGCCUGUGGAAGACAAAAUGGGGUCAAUAUGCGACACAAAUUGAUCGCUUAUAUCAUCAAGAACCCACCCUUGAAGAAGGACAAGGGAAAGAAGGGAAAGAAAGGAGGAAUGACAGCUGAAGCGAACGUUGGUGGUCCGAUGGUUUUCGAAAAGAAUGCCGAAGAUGGUUCAGGUGAAGAUGAAGGUAGUCCUUCAGGUACUCCAGCUCCAGGUGAUCAAAGUGUCCCAACUACCGGUACAGAUAUCGACGCCGUCUUGGGUCGAUCCGAUCCAACUCUCGGUAAUCCCGACGAAGCAGAGGAGAUUUCCAAAAAGCUCGCCAAAGUCGAUGUCAACGGCGGAGACGAUGAUGACGAUGAAGAUGCUGAUUCGCCAUAUGCCCUUCUUGGUGGUUGGCUGGAAGAGAACAAGGAAGCUUCCGAUGCCGACGUCAUUGAGAAAAUCAAGGAGUACGGUCUUGCUGGUAAAUAUAAGGUCUUGGUUGAAAUCGGCCAUCAUAUUUUCUCUGAUGAAGUCUCAAAGGAAAUAACCAAGAGAAUCCCUUUACUUCAAGCCCUCGUCACUUCUGAGAAACAUCAAAAAGCCCUUCUCGGAGGUCUUGAAAGACUUCUUGCACUUUCACCCAACACUGAUUCCCUUCUCGCGGCUGGAACUACCUCUAAAGUCCUCAUGAUCCUCUAUCAAGAUGAUCUUCUUGAUGAGGAGCUCGUCAAACAAUGGGGUACUCACGUUAGCAAGAAAUACGUUGACAAGGAGAAGAGUAAGAAAGUCAGAAAGAGCGCAGACGCUUUCCUCAAGUGGCUUGACGAAGCGGAUGAUGAGUCUGAGUCCGAGUAG